AUCAAUUUGGCCGCGCGAGGUACUAGCAAACGUCCAAACCGAACGAUGAAUGCCCUUCGCGUGCAUCGAGGCGCGCUCGGCAUAGUGAGCACACCCAUCUCAUCUGGGAACCGCCGCUCAAGCUCGGCCCAGGCUCAAAUGGCGCCUCUCCUACUCCUACAAGAACCUUCCCAACAAAAUACGCAUGCGCCAAGGCAACCUCUGCUGCACUCGCACUCGCACUCCACCGCCGAGCCAUCUUUGCUCUUUCAUAGCUCCGCGUAGCGGAUGGGCUCGCGCGCGCUCGCCGUGCUCUGCCUCGUGGCCGUGUCCGCCUCCGUGCUGGUCGCGCCCGCGCUCGCCGUGCCUGGAGACGGCGACGACGGCUGCGAGGCCGAGUCGGCGGGGCGCGACAAGGCGCAGGCGCUGCGGCUCAAGAUCAUCGCCAUCUUCUGCAUCCUCGCGGGGAGCGCGAUCGGGGCGGGCCUGCCGUCCCUGGGGCGCCGGUUCCCGGCGCUCCGGUCGGAGACGGACCUCUUCCUCGCCGUCAAGGCCUUCGCGGGUGGCGUCAUCCUCGCCACGGGGAUGGUGCACAUCCUGCCCGCGGCCUUCGAGGCGCUGCGGUCCCCGUGCCUCGUGGGUGGGCCGUGGAGGCGCUUCCCGUUCGCCGGGCUGGUCGCCAUGCUCGCCGCGGUCGCCACGCUCAUCGUGGACACCGUCGCCACGGGGUACUUCCACCGGACGAACGCCAAGCGGGCCGCCGCCGUCACCGACGAGCCGGCUCAUGACGAACCGGAAUCCGCCCCCGACGGGCACCACGGGCACGCGCACGGCAUGUCGGUGCUCGCCGCCCCGGCCGACGGCGACGAGCUCGUGCGCCACCGCGUCAUCUCUCAGGUGCUGGAGCUGGGUGUGGUGGUCCACUCGCUCAUCAUCGGGAUGUCGCUGGGCGCCUCCGACUUCCCGAGCACGGUGCGGCCGCUGGUGCCGGCGUUGACGUUCCACCAGCUCUUCGAGGGCAUCGGCCUCGGAGGCUGCAUCGUUCAGGCCAAGUUCCGGCUCAAGUCCGUGGUGGCGAUGGGGCUGCUCUUCUCGCUGACGACGCCGGCGGGGAUCGGCGUCGGCAUCGCGAUAUCCUCGGUGUACGACGAGAGCAGCCCGACGGCGCUGGUGGUGCAGGGGCUGCUGGAGGCGGCCGCGGCGGGGAUCCUGGUGUACAUGGCGCUGGUGGACAUCCUGGCCGAGGACUUCAGCAAGCCCAGGGUGCAGAGCAGGGCGCGGCUGCAGCUGGCGCUCAACGUCUCGCUGCUGCUCGGGGCCGGCCUCAUGUCCCUGCUCGCAGUCUGGGCCUGACCGCGCAUGGGAGAUGAUCACCUUCUGAACUCAACUGUUUAGGUGGCUGUGGUAGGCAAUCGAUCAGUAGCCGUUUUUGUUAGGCUGGAGCUCAAAGUUUGGAGUACAGAAAGGGACCAUGGAAUACAAGGCUGCCGGGCUAGCACACACUGAUUCAGACGCUGAACAGAGGAGCCGAGCGGAGUCUCAUGGCGUUCGUUGUUGCUUCGCUGACGAGCGGUCGUUAGCGAAGUUCUUUUUUCUUUUGAGAAAAAAGCGAAAUGCAGAGUUGUGAAAGAUUCCCCUCGAAUAUAAUCCAGUUGUCUCUA